UCAUAAGUGGCGAAAAUACCAUUGAAGCUCGAAAGCACAUCUCACAUGCGAAUACAAAUUAGGGCACUGAAGCAAAGGCGUGAUCCAAUUUUUUCUCGUUUCUUAACAAUCUGAAGCAGCGUAUAAAAAUGGAAGCUAUUAAUCCAGAGGAUCUGUCUAAGAUCGGAGGAAUUGCUACAGUUUCUUUGCUUCAUUCUUUCAUUCCCACGCACUGGCUCCCUUUCUCCAUUGUCGGGCGAGCGCAGAAAUGGACCCUAGCUAAAACUCUUCUCGUCACUGCAUUUGGAGCAGUUUUGCAUGUAAUUUCCACGUCUCUUCUUGGCAUAACUGCUGUCACAAUGGCUAACACCAUUGCUGGUGAGGAGACUGUUCAUAGACUUGCUUCGCUGCUCCUCAUACUUCUUGGAGGCAGCUAUGUAUUAGCAUUUUUAUUUGGAAAGGGUGGUCAUAACCACUCCCACAACCAUCCUAUGGAGAAAAUGGCUGUGGCUGGGCUUGUUCUUGUACCUGCAUUGUCUCCUUGUGCAACAACGCUUCCCGUGUUUCUUACUGUGGGGAACUCAUCCUCUAUGAUGGUGCUUGCUGUUAUUGUUCUUCUAUUUAGCACAAUUACAGUAAUGACCUCGCUGGUAGCUCUUUCAUUUUAUGGGGCCAGUCAGAUAAAGUUUCACUGGGUGGAGCGUUAUGAUAAGCUUCUUGUAGGUUCGGUGCUCUGCCUGGUUGGAAUUCUAACUUACAUUUUUCAUGACCAUGAUGGUGAAGAUCAUCAUACCAUUAAGGGCCAUUUGAAUAGAAAAAUUGUUGGUUUAUGAUUCAUAGAUUUAGAUCCUUUUUUUAUUUCACUUAUAUUAAUAUCUGAGUACUAUUUUAUUAUUUUGAAAUCAGUCCAUUAGCAAUAUACCAGCAGGUAA